GGAGUUCAGACCCUCUGAUAAAGGCUACAUCAGUGCUUCGUGCGUAGAGUAGUUUGGAUUGCAAAACAAAGCCAUCCUUGAACUCCUUGCCUAAUUAGACGAAAGGCACAUUUCAAGCGACUUUAUGUAUGACCUGGAUAGAUGGCAGCAUUCGUGCAAAACUGAAAGCGUGAACCACUGCAUUUAAUCAUGGCAAGGAGACUGGGAAAUGGAUGUGUAGCCUACAAACAGACCAGUUGCGACCUCCAGCAAUCAAAGAGGAACAACGACAAUACAGGGACAAGGUGGAGUCGCAAUUCAACGGCUCAGAUACAAGACGUAGGCUAUGAGGCAGGGACUCCAUACGUAUUACAACGGGAAAGCCAGCGCCUCGCUCCCGAGCGAGCUAAACACCUUCUUCGCCCUCUUUGAGGAAAACAGCAUUGUGCCCCCGACGCUUGAAGUCGUCCGCAUGUUUCCCAGCCGAAACAGUUCGUAGAGUUUGUGCAUAUAUUAUAAAGAUGUUUUGGACUUCGGUGAGUUUUUUCCCGGCUGUUCGGGAACAGGAACAUUUUUCUGGAGGCAAGCGAUGUUCGAGCCGAAGUCUACGCCCCUUCGUUGGUGAUUGGGCAUUCAUCAUGGGGAAGCUAUGUGAGCUGGCCUUUGUGUCUCUGGCCCUCCUGGCUCUACUUCAUACUGACUCUACAUGGGCCAAGAGAAGUGUCAGCAGUAGCAGCAGCAAAAAGUCUUCAUCCAACAACAGGGGUUCAGAAAAAAAGCCAUCAAAAACAUCAAACACGCAGACAGGAAGCUACCCCAGACAACCACAGAGCCCCAACAGGAACCCCAACUCAUACCCAGCAGGAGGUAGUUAUCCAGGGAGAGGUACAAGUCAGAACCAGAACCCAGCCGGUGGAUACCCUGCUGCAGGUGGAUACCCUGCUGCAGGUGGCUAUCCUGCUGCAGGUGGCUAUCCUGCUGCAGGUGGCUAUCCCAAACAGCAGUAUCCAGUCAGAGCCAAUCCUGGGGGAAAUCCAAACCAGAACCCUGCAGCUGGAGGUUACCCAGCCGCUGGUGGCUAUCCUGCAGCAGGUGGCUAUCCCAAACAGCAGUAUCCAGGCAGAGCCAAUCCUGGGGGAAAUCCAAACCAGAACCCUGUAGCUGGAGGUUACCCAGCCGCUGUUGGCUAUCCCAACCAGCAGUAUCCAGGCCGGGCAAAUCCUGGGGGUUAUCCAAACCAGAAUCCAGCAGCGGGUGGUUACCCUGCAGCAGGAGGCUACCCCAACCAGAACCCAGAGAGAGGAGGAGUCAAUCCGGGAUACCCAGCUGGAGGUUACCCAGUAAGAGGGGGAAAUACUGGCUGGGGGCAGGCAGGGGGCUUCCCUGGUAGAGGGAUGGGAGGAGGUUACCAACCCAACUGGAACCCAAACAAUAAGAUCCUCAGUCCCCGCUAUGGUUAUGGAGGUGGGCACGGGGGUAUGGGAGGUGGCUCUCCAUUCUCACGCUCAGUUCAGAAUAUGGGGCACUACCCAUCUACUCAGUCCAAGGGCUUUGCUAAGAAGGCUCUUAUGGCCGCAGGGGUUGGGGCCGUGGCAGGUAUGGCAGUAGGCUAUGGCCUUGGGCGUUUCCCCCGCCCACAUUUCAACUUCCGCAACCCUCAGGAGGAGCAGUCCUACAACAACUACAUGUACAGCAAAUACGGUGAACGCUCCACAGAUGAAAACGACUAUGGCCGGGACUAUACCUACAAAGUACCACCGCGGGCAGAGUCCUACGACAGCUUCAUGGAUACCUGCAUGAAGAGGAACGACCUUCUGCAGGAUCAGGGCAGCGACUCCCAGGCCACACCUAACAACCAGAGGAACAACCCCCAGGGAGCCAACAGCCAGAGCCUGCCCAUGACUCCUGAGGUGGGGAACAGCAGUCCAGCUAGCAACCAGGAGGGAACAGACACAGUGAAGCCCCUCACCCCAGCCCCUGUGGAGAUAGCUGGAGAGGAUACGGGUAAGGAGGAGGAUGACGGCCUCACAGUGAGCAUUGAGGAGAUUGGCUACCCUGCAUUGGUGGAGCAGCUGAAGAACCGUAAGUGUGUGGAGCUGUACAUGAACUACUCUGAGCGUUUCCUGGAGAAGCAGACAGCUGAACGUAGCAGCGACAGCAACAACAACAACAACAACAACAAGUAUGAGAACAGUCGCAGUAACCUCCUUAGCCAGGGGCUGGUACAGCUGAUAACCACCUUCCUCAUGGUCCUGAGCAGCACUCUCCUGCUGCAGUAAGACAGGAACACAUAGCCAUGUCCCAGUUGUAUGGAAUAGCUUCAUUUCUUAGUCACCCCUCCUCAAUAUGCCACUGAUUUCUUGAGAGGAUAGGUUAAUUAAACAAGGUGUAGGUGGAGAUAUAACCAGUCCUUUAACUAAUCUGUGGUCAUGAAGGAAAGGGGACAAGGAAAGGGAGCCAGUGGAAAAUAACUUCCAGUGAACUUCCAGCAAAAUGAGGACCAAUAAAAAUAUGUACUGUAGGGGGUACUCGAGGACCAGAGUUGGGAACCACUGCUGUACAUGAUUCUUCACAUGGUAUUUGUACUUUAAGUGUUCAAUAUCUCAACACUAUUUCUAAAAUAAACCGAAACCAUCUGUCCUGCUUGUCUCUUACAGCUUAGUUCAGUCUACUGCUAAAUAUGGAAUAACAGCAUUUUGUCUGUAAGUCCAAAACCAUGAGUCAGUCGUGUAGACAAAGGAGAGGUAUAAAAGCAAAAGUAGCAAGUCUCAUCAGUACACCAUAUGACUUUAAUUAAAUGCAGAUACACUAGAUAAACAAACAUUAUUACAGCACUUUUUUGCCACCAUAUUAGGUACUAUCAUCCGAUUAGGGGUUCAGUGUCUUUUUGCCAAAGUGGUUCCACAGAAAGCACAGACAAGCAUUAUGUUGACCGUUUGUCAUAUUAAAUCCAUUUUAUUCAUGCAUUUCCGUGUGCGUUAUACUGUACAUCAGUGGUUCCCAACUCCAAACCCACAACCACACACAUUUUUGUUGUAGCCCUGGAUAAACAUAACGGAUUCAACUCAUUGAGGGCCUGAUGAUUAGUUGACAAGUUGAAACAGGUGUGCUUGUCCGGGGCUACAAUAAAAACGUGUACUGUUGGGGCUAUUGGAGGACCGGAGUUUGGAACCACUGCUUUACAUAAUAGUUCACAUGAUAUUUGAAUUUGUACUCUAAAUGUUCGAUCUUAUGUGGUUUGCAGUAUUUGUUUAAUAGUUGCCUGUUUUGUAAAUACUUAUAAUAAUUAAGUAGGGAAUGGUCAGAGAUUUGUUAUUAAUCAAUCCCUAUUUCUGUUCCUAUUUUUAUUUUGUGCUCUCUUGUCCCAUCUCUCUACCUCCCCAUCUAGUCUUCCUCUCCAUGUCCUCCUGUCCCCUGGUUAUCAGAAGUGCACUUUUUUCUCUUGGCGAAUGGAUAUAAAUGACUCUUCUUUUUCCUUUUUUUUCAAGGAUGUAUUUCGUGAUUAACUCAUUUAUAUUGGUUUUAACAUAGAGAACAACAUACAUUGUUUUAAUGUGUCUUUAAAAUAACCACUUUGUCAUGCUCAAACUCAAUGGGGAAUUUUACCAUUAACUUGCUGAAAUGACUGAUGUCUUCUUCCAUUUCCCAAGUACAGAAUGACUAAAAACAAAUAAAAAAACACAAUCGCA